AUGGCAAGUAGUAGUGGACCGAGUGGAGCUAGUGUGCCUGGUGGUCUUGAUGUGGAAUGGAAAUAUGCUCGUCCAAUAGAAGGCAAUAAGCAUGGCACCAUAUGCACAUUUUGUGAAUCCACAUUUAAAAGUGGUGGAAUUACACGGUUAAAGUAUCAUUUGGCCGGAUUUGAUCCACAUAAGAGUGUAAAGAAGUGCAAAGAAGUACCACCAGAUAUUAAUAAGGAGGUAAUUGCAUGGAUAAAGGAGAAAGAGUCUAGCAAAUAA